CCUUGCUUUCGUCCCAGGCUGAGGCAAGUUUCGCAAGUUCGUUGAAGCCGAUCAUGCCGAAGAAAUUAGGAAAUCGUCCGGUCUCGACCAUCUUUUUCAUUGCUUCCAGGAUCUCCGGUUUCAUGGCGGCGAUUAGUGCUUGCGCCGGCUUGCCGGGCCAGGCCUGGUCCUUGAGCCAGGUUUUCAAUCAAGGCGAGCUGGUGUUCUUUGUGGCGAGCCGAGGUCACCAUGCUGAAAUUGGAGGCAUAACGCCAGGGAGCAUGCCGCCCUUUUCCAAGUUUCUGUCAGAGGAAGGUGUUGCUAUCAAGGCAUUCAAGAUUGUAGAGAAUGGGAUAUUCCAGGAAGAAGCCAUUAGUGCAUUGCUCCUGUCUCCGCACUAUGAGAAAGACAGUGAAUGUCCUGUGGGAACCAAAUCACGUGUCAUUCCUGGCACAAGGAAGAUUGAGGACAACAUCUCUGACCUAAGAGCUCAGGUGGCCGCAAAUCAGCGAGGAAUCACGCUAAUUGGCGAGUUGAUCAAUUAUUAUGGAUUGGAUGUCGUGCAGGCAUACAUGCAUCAUGUACAGGUGAAUGCUGAACAGGCGGUACGAGAUAUGUUGCGAGGAAUUGUGGAAAAAGUCUUGAAGGAUAGAGGAGGAAAAGAUGGGUCAAUAGAAAACGUAGCAGAAAAGGGAGCAGGAGGCGUAAACAAUGGCAAGGAAACAGCAAAUACCUCUGCGGUUGUGCUGGAGGCUGAAGAUUUCAUGGAUGAUGGUGCAAGGAUAUGCUUGAAACUUACAAUCGACAAGAAAGGCGAAGCAGAGUUUGACUUCAGUGGGACUUCUCCUGAGGUUCAUGGCAAUUGGAAUGCUCCAGAGGCUGUUGUUGCUGCAGCGAUCAUUUACUCUCUUCGCUGUCUGGUUGAUGUUGACAUACCCCUUAAUCAGGGGUGCCUGACUCCUGUUGCAAUCAAGAUACCCCCAGGCUGUUUUCUAUCGCCCAGCGACAAUGCAGCAGUGGUGGGUGGGAACGUUGUUACCUCACAGCGGGUCACAGAUGUUGUUCUCACAGCGUUCCAAGCAUGUGCGUGUUCCCAGGGGUGCAUGAACAACCUGACGUUUGGUGACAACAGCUUUGGAUACUACGAGACAAUCGGUGGAGGGAGUGGAGCUGGGCCUACAUGGGAUGGGGCCAGCGGUGUGCAGUGCCACAUGACAAAUACAAGAAUAACAGAUCCAGAGACUCUGGAGAGGCGAUAUCCUGUAUGAUCUCACUAUCCUCCCCUCAAGAGUUGCAAAAAAUGGUUUGAAUUGUUGAUUAGGCAGCAUCACGAAUACCAACGGGUGUAGCUCAGUUGGUACACCCCUCGACUGUUGAAAUACGGUCUGAAGUUCGAAUCCAUAUGCAGUCAGACGAACAGAAUGAAAUAAUUUUGAAUUA